AUGAUUCAAUUUGAAAAUAUGAUUUAUCGAAAAGAUAUUGCUCAUCGUGCUUUCUCAUAUUUGUCUCAAAAGCCUGCAGAAAUGGCAUAUGCAUCUGUUGGUGUUUCCAUUGAUUCCGGAAAUAUGCUUGUCCAAAAAAUUAAAUCAUUGAUGAAGAGCACUUUACGUGACGGUGGAUUUGGUGGCAUUUUCGAUUUGAAAGCUGCAGGGUUCAAUGAUCCUAUUUUGGUAACUACUACCGAUGGUGUAGUAACUAAAUUGAAGAUCGCACAGGCUGUCAACAUU